CCGUUGCGAGGCCUUUUCGAGGCUGAUCAUGGUGUCACUGAACUCGUCUUUUUCUGCAAUCCACCGGACGGAAACAACCAAAGCCCCGAUAACUUUAUUGUAAUAGACAAUAAUUCGCCAUAUGGAUACUGGAGACAGAUUACAUGGUGCCCCAAAGGAUCUGUUAUUAUUGCAAUCCAAGAAAAAGUUGAUUUCGAAAAACUUGACAACGCCGGUAUCACCAACUUGGCUGCUAAAUGCGGACGUCCACAAGACGACAGAACUGUUCAACCAUCUUUUGCCUCUGAGUUCUUCUAUGCUCAUGGUAAAUGGACCCAGGAAAACUGGUGUGAUGUUGGAUCGGUCUUGGCCAGCUUUAACCCUAAAUCUACCAGAAGACGAGGACUCGUAAGCGCUUGUUAUGGAUGCCGUAAAAUCUGA